AUGCACGAAGUCGACAGAGAUUGCGAACUCGACGAUCGCGAGCCUGAACCACGUUAUAUUCCCGAACUGUCUAACGCCGUCGAGAGGUUCCUAGACGCACCCUAUGGAUCCCAGCUCAUCAUCCGGUUCUUCGCAGGUAUACUCAGUCAACGCGAAGCCGAUGAGUACUGCCUUGUGUACACGCCCACCCCUCAACGAUACGACGAUGUGUGCGCCACAAUACCGGAACUCGUGGACCGGGAGGCACCGCAGUUUCAAACUAGGCAAUCCGUAAGACAAGCCCUGCCUGGUAUCUUCUACCGAGGAUUGUAUUCGCACGUUGUGGAUGAGUACACCCAUCAGACGGACUUGAUGUCAGGAGAAGUACUAUGGGACAAGGGCGAAGGAUAUACGACAGUAACUCGCAGUAUCAAGUGGCUUGUCGAGUGCGCACUGAUCCGCCUACCGGAUGGAGUUGCUUGUUACGCCGGAGCGAGAACGGCGCUUCAACAGCUUCUCACGCCUCAGCCAAAAUACAACAGUAGUAAAGACUACCAAGAGGGGGACCACUUCAUAACCAUGAAAGCCAUCCAACCCGCGCUCUGUCUUUUUACCAUGUGGCCCCGUUGCGACGAAGCAUCGAUAGCAAGCCUGGUCGAGAUCGUAAUGGACAUCGCACUCAACGUGGCCGCAAUCUGGGACAGGAACCCAUGUUUCUAUCCAUCAUACGUGACCUACCUUGGCGGCUUUUUACAGGCACGCGCCCGCUUCAAGAACAUAGUUGAAGCAACUCCAUCACUUUACGGAAGUGAGACCACGGUGCUUCCUUACCAUACAAGAGUCGCAUUGAGGAAGAUCAAGUUUAGGGAUAUCUGGGAUGAUUUGUGGGCCGAGGCUUUUGCCCUUACCAUGGAUAAGCCGAUUGCAGACUAUUUGUACCAAGGAGUGAUGGAUCAGUUUGCCAGAGCCAUGAUCAAGUCCAAAUCGCAGACUGUGGAUAUGAAAGCUCUGCUAAGAGGGAUGUGGAGAGACGGACGCCUGCAGUUCCAAACAUGGAAAGAGAUACCCGAAGCGGCUUCUUCGCUGUCAGCAGACAGGAUUAGAAAGGGCAAGUUCGGAGGCAUUCCACGAAAUAUGGCUCAGGCGCAAACUAUUGGCACCGACUCCUACAACAGCGAGGAGAUACACGCGUUUUGGUGCGCAAAGCUGAACGGGCCAGUAGCUGCAUCGGCUGGAGCGUCAUCAGCAGAAAAUGCAAACAACCUGCAAACCGACAACGGAGAAAACGCUGGAGAUGACUCCGAAGAUGAAUACAAUCUUGACACGAAAACCCUACGCAACCUCUACGGAAAGGCUUAUCUAGAGGCCUACGGAGCUCCCAUAGAGCCAUUGAAACAUGGAGCAUGGGAUCUAGACAUCCCUCAAGAUCAGCUCUGCGUUGUGUGUCUUGAGACCCACGGCUUAUUAGGUGCCAAAAUGAGCGCUUGUGGCCAUUACUUUCACUUCGCUUGCAUCAAAGAAUGGAUGAACGGCACUUCACCCAACUCCAAUCUUUGUCCUGAAUGCCGAGCUCAGAUUUGUAAUGAACGGAGGAAGGUACGGAUGACGGGGUGGAUUACUGACUCUGAGGAUGACUCUGAGGAUGACUUUGAGGGUGACUUUGAGGAUGACGAGUAUGAGGGAAGUGAUUAUGGUUAUGAUGAAGAUGAAGACGAAUCAAUGCAGGAUUCUCAAGACCAGCUAUCAGGCCUGCAGCCUACGUCAGGAUAA